UAACAAGAAUAAAAAAUAAAAAUAGGAUAAUAAAUUAUAAUAAUAAAUAAAUUAUCUGAGUCAAGGAAGUCUUUCUAUACCAGCUGGAGCUGAUAUGAAAGAAUAUAAAAAUAUUUUAAAUAUAAAAGCAUAAAUUACAGCAUAAAUAUUUUCAACAAUAAUAGGAUUAAGAUAAAAAUGUGAAACGUAAAGAUGAGAAAAUCGAUAUCUGGUCAGCUAAGGUUGCUUUUAGAUCAACUUCUAUGUUUAGUUUGAAUUAGUUCAUUGGAGAUCAACGUUAUCUUUGGAAAAGAAGAUAACAGCAUCCUGUCUAUCUUGCUUGGUCUAUGGAUUUUCUUUCGACUACAUUUUGACUAACUGCCUGUCAUUCUAGCAAACACAAUUUAAAUUUAGCAAGUUCAACGACGUAUGAUUUUUUUCUUUAUAAUAAAUAUUUUUAAAUUAAAGUACUUCUUGGAUUGAAUAUCGCCAAUUCUGAACAGAUAAAUUAAAGGGAUUUUUUCUGUUAAAUCGUUACUAUACCAUUGGACAUAUUAUUGUAAAACUAGAAACUUCGAAAAACAAAAAUAUUUUUAAUUAAAUUUUAACCCAUUUCGGCCCAAAUGUCCACUAUUUUUUCUUCACGUUUAACGCUCAAACUUUUUACAUAGACGUCGUAGAAGAAAAACUUGACAUAGAAUUUUCAAUAGGUUGAAAUCUCCUCUUUCGAAUACCGGUGUCAGAAUUGAUCUACAAAGCAAGUAAAAAAAGUUAUGGCCCAUUUCUCCAAACAAGAGCAAUAUUUUUCGACAUUUUUUUCCGAAAAUUUCAUAUUUUGGAAUUCUAAAAUAUGGAAUUCUUCUUUGAUAAUUAAAUUCAUCGAUAUGGUGGAUGUGGUCGAUAGCUGAACCGCUGAAGAACAAAAUUUGUAUCUUUAUGAGUAUUGUGAAGGAUGAUAAGAAAAACAUGACGAUCGAUUCUUAAUUGGCUAACGUCAUGCGACAAUUUUGAUAUUAUCUUAAAAAUUUACAUAAUUUUUUGGCCCAAUAUUUUCAAAAUUACAAAGUAGAUGUUUGUUCUGUAACAUUAAUAAUUAUGUAUAAUAAUAUAAGACAUGCCAGAUAUGUUCAUAGUCCAGAAAGAAUACAAGUAUAUGAAGCACGUUCUUAUCGAGCUCGUUUAAGAGCUGCUCAACGUAGAGGAGAAGAACGUCGAAGAAUGUUAGAUGUAUCACCUCCAAGAGAAGAAUUCUUUGUCGAAUAUGUUCCGAGUCCAGAAAGAAGAAGAAGACAAGUCGAAGAAGAAGGCUAUCAACCACGUUCUUAUCAAGCUCGUUUAAGAGCUGCUCAACGUAGAGCAGAAGAACGUAGAAGAAUUCGUAGAAUGCCAGAUUUUGAUAUCGAGGAAGAAGACAUAGGAAGACGUGAUUUACCUUCAAGAGAAUUUGUACAUUCUUCUCCAGAACCACUUCCAAGAGAAUUUGUACAACCUUCUCCAGUAUCACCCGCAAGAGAAGCACUCUUUGCCGAAUAUGUUCCUAGUCCAGAAAGAAGAAGAAGACAAGUCGAAGAAGAAGGCUAUCAACCACGUUCUUAUCAAGCUCGUUUAAGAGCUGCUCAACGUAGAGCAGAAGAACGUAGAAGAAUUCAUGGAAUGCCAGAUCUUGAUAUCGAGGAAGAAGACAUAGAAAGACGCGAUUUAUCUCCAAGAGAAUUUGUACAACCUUCUCCAGAACCACCUCCAAGAGAAUUUGUACAACCCUCUCCAGUAUCACCCGCAAGAGAAGCACUCUUUGCCGAAUAUGUUCCGAGUCCAGAAAGAAGAAGAAGACAAAUCGAAGAAGAAGGCUAUCAACCACGUUCUUAUCAAGCUCGUUUAAGAGCUGCUCAACGUAGAGCAGAAGAACAUAGAAGAAUUCAUGGAAUGCCAGAUCUUUUUAACCAUAUCGACCAUACCGGCGAAGAAGAUAUCGAGGAGGAAGAAGAGAUAGGAAGAGUAAGAGAAGAAUCCUUCGAACGACGAAGAAACUACCGAUGUCCUGAACCGAAUGGUACUCCUUGAACAUCGAGACGUGCAAAAUCAAGAUAUAGUGAAAUAGAGAUGACAUACCCAGAAAUGAUUUAGCGUGCCUCCUUUGAGAAAAAUAUUUGAAAAUAACUAAUUUAAAGAAUCUUUUUCUUCUCUCUUAUAAUAUAUAGAUAUAUAUGUAAAUUUAAUUUGCUUGAUGAAACACAAAUGCAAAUAUUGAAAUGUAAAUUAAAGUCUAGUAGAGAAUAUAUUAUCACUUCUGAUCACAUUUCUUAAAUGUACGUUGUUAUCGC